AGGCGGAGCCUGUCUGGUGGAAGCACGUGACCUGGUCCUGGAUCCGGAAGCUACCUAUCUAGUAGGGAGCACCCCUCCGCACCUAAGGCUGCGAUGACUUCUGCACUGACCCAGGGGCUGGAGCGAAUUCCCGAUCAGCUCGGGUACCUGGUUCUGAGUGAAGGCGCAGUGCUGGCGUCAUCUGGGGAUCUAGAGAAUGAUGAGCAGGCAGCCAGUGCCAUCUCUGAGCUGGUCAGCACAGCCUGCGGUUUCCGGCUACACCACGGCAUGAACAUACCCUUCAAGCGCCUGUCAGGUGUGUCUCCCUUCCAGUGGUCUUUGGAGAACACACGCUGCUGGUGACCGUGUCAGGACAGAGGGUGUUUGUGGUGAAGAGGCAGAAUCGAGGCCGGGAGCCCAUUGACGUCUGAGCCUGCCAAAGGCGAGGGGCAGAGGUGGACUGGGUCCAUGAACCUCUGAUGACAAAGAUACAAACUUCUUCCACCUUUCUUGGCCUGCUGCUAGAACUAAGGCUUUCUGUUCCCCCCUCCCCCCACCCCGCCCCCAUUACCUGGAAGGGCUUGGUGACUGCACUGUGUUAAGGACUGUGAGGAAAUAAACAUGAGUCUGUUGAUGU